GUUUGUCUCACCGGUGUCGUCGAUGUAUGAUGCAUCAUCUGGUGGAGUGACUUCGGUACAACUUGUCCCGUUACAAAACCGCCGCCGACGCCGGAACCAUGGAGAGCGAUUGUUUUACGUGCGGUCAAAAAGCCGAAAAGUUCUUCCCAAUCGCCGAUCCCGGAGGGGAGGAAUCCAAGCGCAACAUCCGUCUGGUCAUGUGCCAGCAUUUUUGGUUCAAGGCGGAUGACCUGAAGAGCGCGAUCAUCUGCGAGCUAUGCUGGGACAAGGUCGAUGAGUUCCACCGGUUCUACCAGGAGGUGAAGACACUGCAUGAGGAUCGCGAAGAUUCGAAACCGUUGUCGGAUUUCAUCAAACAGGAAGAGAUUGAGAUCGAAGCGUGCGUUAUUCCUGGAAUCUACCCGGUGGUGGCGCUGAACGUCGAGGAAACAGCGAAGGAGGAAGAAACCGAGGAGUGCAAGUCGGAGGCUUCCGAUAGAUGUAGUGAUGUGCCCUCGGCGGUGUCAGGCGACAGUUGUUCUCCAGUUAGAAAACGUCGACGGACGGGUAAAAGAGAACAAAAGAAAAAGAGUUCUGGGCCCAGAAUCGUUCGCAAGAGGAAGAAGGUUUCGCCGGAACAGCAGAAAGCAGAGGAUGAUGUCAUCAAGAAGCAUAGGCCUUAUUUGUGCGAAGACUGCGUGGUGGAGGAAUUUGAGGACUUCGAUUCGAUUCGUCGACACACGGUGCAGAAUCAUGACAAGCCGUACAUCAUAUGCUGCGACAAUCAGUACCGGACCCGAGCAAUACUCUACCAGCAUGUGCAGAGCGUGCUGAACCCACAGUCGAUCCAGUGCGAGCUUUGCUACCGAACGUUCAAAUUCCAGAGUGGGUACGACCGGCAUAAAGAGGAGGUUCACGCCGAUGAACAUCUGCUGAUAUUCAAAUGCGAUCGAUGUCCGAAAAGUUUCCCCAAGCAGAAGCUGCUGAAGAGGCACCUGAACGAGCAUGAAACAUUGGAGAAGGAGAAGGCCAAAUGCGAAGUGUGCGGUAAAUGCUUCCGAACACAGCUGCAUAUGAAACGCCAUGUGACGCAAGUCCACGAGAAGAUAUUCGAGUUCAUGUGCGAGAUUUGCUCGAAGGGAUUCAUGAAGCGUUCGGAGCUGAAGGAUCACCGCCAGUACCACGAGCUGACGGCGGACGAGAUGAAGAAGCAGUGUCCCAUUUGCAACAAGUGGCUGAAGAACCUCCGGUACUGGAAACGCCACGUGGGUCGGCACCAAAACGAGGGGGAACACAAGUGCGAACAAUGCAAUCACGUUUCGGUCAAUCUGGUGUCGCUGAAGCUGCACAUCGAGCGGAAGCACGGACCGAACAUCAAGAAGUAUGUGUGUGACCUGUGCGGCAAGGAGUACUCGCGGCCGGUCACGCUGAAGGAACACAUUGCCAAUGCUCACACGGGGAAACCAUUGUACCAGUGUCAGUUCUGCGACAAGAGUUUCUUCUCCAAUGCGACGAUGUAUGCCCACCGGAAAAAGGACCACCCACAGGAGUGGCUGCAGGAUCAUAAGGCGAAGUAUGCUAAUAGUGCGGAACAGGGUGAAGCAGGUAACGGAAGUGGGAACUAGUAUGUUUGCGACUUUUGAUUCCUCAUUCGAUUAGUUUGUUAGGUUCCUUGUUUAAGCUAAGAACACGAAAUAACAAUAACAUGUUACUUACUAUAAGAUUACAAAAUAUACAAGAAUGGUGCAACCUCAAAACGUGUUUAAAACUUUUAAUGAACGUUGUA